AAGUCAUAAUUAUCUUGCGUGGCGAAUAUUUAAAUUAAUUACCAGACGCAGCUAAGAUUUCAUUUCUUUUGUAUUUGUAUAUUUUGUCCCACGUGCAUCUCAUUGGAACAUAUAUUAAACAUUUCUGAUCUGAGUGUAUUUUUUUUGACUAAGAAUAAUACUCUUUUCCUAGCUUUUUCGUAUUUAUUACUUAUCAAAAUCCUUAUUCCACCCUCCAAAAAUCUCUGUAAUUUUGUGUAAAAUCUUUUUCCUUCAUCAACAAUGAGCUAUUCGUCAUCCAUUUUUCUCAACAACUGUUUUCCUUCUCUUUCGGGUUCGGGUUCGGGUUCGACCCGACUUCACCAUUCCUUCACCAAUGCAAAAUUCCCCUUCAUCGCCGGCAGGGCUAGCCUUAGUAUGGAAGCGCAGACAGUGGAUUUGAGCAAAGAGGUAAUAAUGGAGGAAUUUAAUAAGUAUUUUGUGGGUACCUAUGCUAGGGCACCAUUGGUAUUGUCCAGUGGCAAAGGAUGUAAAUUGUAUGACAUGGAAGGGCGAGAGUAUUUGGAUUUGACUUCUGGUAUUGCUGUGAAUGCACUUGGACAUGGUGAUCCUGAUUGGAUUAAUGCUGUUACUCAACAAGCUAAUGUGUUAACUCAUGUUAGCAAUGUUUACUAUUCUCUCCCUCAGUUGGAGCUUGCAAAACGCCUUGUUGCUAGUUCUUUUGCAGACCGUGUUUUCUUUUCAAACUCUGGAACAGAAGCAAAUGAAGCUGCAAUUAAAUUUGCAAGGAAGUUUCAGAAAUUCUCGCAUCCAGAUGAGAAGCAACCUCCCGUGGAGUUUAUUGCCUUCUCCAAUUGUUUCCAUGGGAGGACCAUGGGUGCUGUUGCUUUGACAAGCAAAGAACAGUACAGGUCACCUUUUGAACCUGUAAUGCCAGGAGUUACUUUCCUGGAGUAUGGCAAUGUUCAAGCAGCAAAAGAACUAAUUCAGAGUGGUAAAAUAGCUGCUGUAUUUGUCGAACCAAUCCAAGGUGAAGGUGGCAUAUACAGUGCAACAAAAGAUUUUUUACAAUCACUGAGGACUGCCUGUGAUAGUGCAGGUUCUCUUCUUGUCUUUGAUGAGGUUCAAUGCGGCCUAGGAAGAACUGGUCAUCUCUGGGCGCACGAAGCUUAUGACAUAUACCCAGAUAUAAUGACUCUUGCAAAGCCUCUUGCUGGAGGUCUACCUAUUGGGGCAGUGUUAGUAACUGAAAGAGUUGCUGCUGCCAUCAAUUAUGGGGAUCACGGUAGCACCUUUGCCGGCGGUCCUCUUGUUUGCAAUGCUGCAGUUGCUGUGCUGGACAAGAUCUCCAAACCAGGUUUCCUUGCCAGUGUCACAAAGAAAGGUCAAUAUUUCAGGGAAUUGCUUGUCAAGAAAUUAGGAGGGAACUCGCAUGUGAGAGAAGUACGAGGUGUGGGGCUUAUUAUUGGGGUCGACCUCGAUGUACCAGCAUCUCCGCUGGUUGAGGCAUGUCAACAAUCUGGCCUUCUUGUAUUGACGGCAGGAAAAGGAAACGUUGUGAGGCUUGUACCACCAUUGACCAUCACAGAGCAAGAAUUGGACCAUGCAGCCGAGAUCUUGUUCAAUUGUUUGCCUGUACUAGAUAAGUCCGCCAAUAACUAGGGUUAAAUGAAGGUUUCUUGCAUUUCACUUCUAUGGGGAGCUUCACAGGAUCGUGCUGAUGGAGAUCACUUUCAUGUUGUAUUUGUAUUUGAUAUUAAAGGUAUCGUCUUCUAUGAAGCUCAUGUUGUACCUGAUUGUGUCAUUCUGUUGGCUGAUAAAGAUUCAUUUAGGAGCAAACUGGUUAUCAGAAAUACAGUUGAUCUCCUUUACACUUUUCCUGUCGAAGUGAACGGUCAGUUUUUUAAGUUUUAGAUGUAUCGUCAAUUUCCACCAAGCUGAAUCAAGCUGAUUGAUGGUAUCCCCUGUAAUAAAAUUUAUAUCCAGUUUUCGGAAGAGGCAAUGGCGUGCAGUGCCAUGUAUGUAAUCUUGUGUGGUUUAUUAACAUAAGUUCUUGUCGUGAAAAGAGGCAAGUUAGUUAUUACUA